AUGGGCAAACUACUACUUCUGACUGGUCUGGCUCUCCUACUGCACCUGCAGCUAGGUGCAUCUACCAAUAUUGUCUGUUACUUUACCAACUGGUGCCAGUACAGACCUGGGAUUGCACGUUACAUGCCUGAAGAUCUUGAUCCAUGCCUGUGUACUCAUGUUAUCUAUGCUUUUGCUGGCAUGGCUAACAACCAGAUCCAGACUAUUGAGUGGAAUGAUGUGGCUCUCUAUGGUGGCAUCAAUGGACUCAAAAGCUACAAUCCUGAUCUGAAAACCUUGUUGUCUGUUGGAGGAUGGAACUUCGGUACCCAAAAGUUUUCUGACAUGGUUUCCUCUGCUCAGAAUCGCCAGACCUUUAUCAAGUCUGCUAUUACCUUCUUGCGCAAGUAUGGCUUUGAUGGGUUGGACAUUGAUUGGGAGUAUCCUGGCAACAGAGGCAGCCCUGCUGAUACCCAACAACUUUUCACAGUCUUGCUUCAGGAAAUGUAUGAAGCCUUUGAGCAAGAGGCCUCUCAAAGCAACAAACCCAGAUUGCUAAUCUCUGCAGCUGUGUCUGCUGGCUUGGGCACCAUUGAAACUGCCUACCAGAUCCCACAGAUGUCUAAGUAUAUGGACCUGAUCAAUGUGAUGACCUAUGACCUCAGAGGAUCCUGGGAAGGUUUCACAGGUGACAACAGUCCUCUGUUUGCAGGACCUCAAGACCAUGGUUCCUAUAUCUAUUUCAAUGUGGACUAUGCUAUGAACUACUGGAAGAAGAACGGUGCACCAGCUGAGAAGCUAAUGGUGGGAUUUGGAGCCUAUGCUCGCACCUUCACUCUCACCAACCCCUCUAACCAUGGUCUAGAUGCCCCAACCUCUGGGCCAGGUAAAGCUGGAGCCUACACACAAUCAGCUGGGACCCUGGCAUAUUUUGAGGUCUGUACCUUCUUAAAGGAGGGUGCUACUGUUGUCUGGAAUGCUCCACAAGAAGUCCCUUAUGCCUAUAAAGGAAACCAGUGGAUUGGCUAUGACAACCCCAAGAGUUUUGCCAUCAAGGCUAAGUGGCUGUUGGAGAACAACUUUGGAGGAGCUAUGGUAUGGGCUAUUGAUCUGGAUGACUUCACCGGCACAUUCUGUGGGGAAGGCAAAUACCCUCUGAUGAACUCUUUGAAAUCAGCCUUGGGAGUUACUACACCAAACUGCAAGGUGCCCACCACCACCCUCGGCACUAACGCUAACCAACCUGCCCAACCUGCAACAGAAGCCCCAUCUUCUGGUGGUAGUGGAAGUUCUGGUGGCAGCGGAAGUUCUGGUGGCAGCGGAAGUUCUGGUGGCAGCGGCAGUGCCACCUUCUGCAAAGGGAAAUCCGAUGGCUUCUACCCAGAUCCCACCGACAAAAAUGGCUUCUACGAUUGUGUGAGUGGAAGGACCUACUUCCAACAUUGCCAGACUGGCCUUGUCUUCGAUACCAGCUGCUCCUGCUGCAACUGGGCAUGAACAAAACAGCAAAUACACAUGCAUGUCACUGGAGUAAAGAGAAAAGAA